AUGGUGUUUAAUCUUCGAACCUUCAGUUCUACCGAGUCCGAUGAAGGUGAAAUAACACCUCCCAAAAACUUCUCCCUAAAGGAGCUCCGAGUCGCAACACACAACUUUAGCAUAGACAACUUCUUGGCAGAAGGUGAAAUUUGCAAAGUUUACCGGGGGCGCUUGGCCAAUGGUUCGCUAGUGGUAGUAAAGAGAGCAUGCCAUGUCGAUCGAUGGAGGGAAGAGCAGUUCAAAGCAGAAAUACAAGUUGGAAGCACAGUUUCGAUGCACCCAAACGUGCUAUGCCUGAGGGGCUUUUGCAGGACCAAGAAAGAGCUCUUACUGGUGUAUCCCUGGAUGAUCAACAAUAGCCUAUAUUACAAUCUUAGAGAGAGACCGAAUCGGUUUGCCUGGCCUCUCAAUUGGACUACUCGCAAGCAAAUAGCCUUGGGAGCAGCAAGGGGCCUUGCACAUCUUCACAAUCAAGGCAACAUCAAGAUCAUGCAUCGUGGCAUCUGCGCGUCAAAUAUACUGCUGAAUGUGAAUUUUGAGGCCGUGAUAGGAGGAUUUUCCUUUGCCACGAUCAUGCAUGAGCGAAAUGUGGAGGAAGGGACUAUUGAGUGGCGCACUUGCAUGCCAAGGCAGGGCACAGGAGUCUCAUUCUCAUCGCCGGUAGGACAAAAUUCAGCUGAUUCUGGUUCCAGUUCUCAAUCCUUUCAUCGUUAUGAAGAUGUUUAUGUCUACACGCCCAUCCGUGGCAGAGUGGGUUUUAUUGCCCCCGAGUAUCUCCGCACAGGAAAGUGCACACUGAAGAAUGAUGUAUUUGCAUAUGGGAAAAUGCUUAUCGAGCUCAUCUCGGGACAGCCAAUUUGCAACUUUCCCACUGAGGUACUCGAUGCCAAAGCUUUCUUGCCGGAGGAUUGCGAUAGAAAACUUAUGAAUGAAGACCAAUUGGGAAGGGUGAUCGAUCCCAAUUUGCAGGGGAACUACGUGGAAGAAGAAGCGGAGCGACUACUCCAAUUAGCAUCGUUGUGCUCACACGGGGAUCCAUCUAUUCGACCAGAGAUGUCUGACGUAGUUCGAACUCUCGAAAGCCGGUUUCUUCAACGGGACUCUAGUACAAGGAGCAGUCAGAAUCAUAGUGAGAGUGACUCAACUGCGUACUACUCUUUCCCUCCUUCUCCUUUUCCUCUGGGGAUUGCUCCAUGA